UCAAUCAUGAGCUGUAAGCCUUUAACUAACCGCAUAAUUUUUCCAAAUUUUGAACUGUAUACCACACAGCCUUAUUUUUCAACUCACUUUUUUAACAUCUUGCACCUCUUCAUAUGAUCAUAUCAUAUAACACUUCUUUCUAUUCCCACAUUUUUUUCUUCCUUUCUUCUUUCUGUUACGUUCCUCGACAAAAUCCACCGUCUUUUCCUUCUUUAUUUUGUCUUCUUAUUUCUCAAUCUCAUAACACACACACACACACACAAAAAAAAAAGAGAGAAGCAAACCAAGAAAAAGAAGAAAAUCGCAUUAUAAUCAGAGUUAAAACACUGUACUAAUUUGCAGGACAGAGGUGGUGAUUUCAAGAAUAAGAAGUAAGAAAAAUGGACGGCGAAGAUAGGCCGAGGACGAUAUGGAGAAACCUGAAGCAACGGCUGGGAUUUACUGGGCUAGCUUGCUGUGGGUCCACUUGGAACCUGAGAGUAUCGGACAUGACGAUAAGAGAAGAAGAGGCCCAAUUAUUUGGUGAAGAAGAGCCCAUGAUCGUGGCCCAUCAAGGGAGCGUGAACCUCGCUACGGCUCUGGCAGCCGAGCGACGAUUCCGGAGCGUAGGUACCACGGAGAAACUGAAGACGUUGAUGAGGUUGUUUGAGGAAACGGACGGUAGAGAUGAGAAGAGUAGGUGUGCUGAGAUGUGCUGCGUGUGCAUGGAGAGGAAUAAAGGCGCGGCUUUUAUUCCCUGCGGACAUACCUAUUGUAGGGUGUGUUCCAGGGAGCUCUGGUCAGGUAGAGGGUUGUGCCCUCUUUGUAACCGUUCCAUUUAUGAGAUUCUCGAUAUUUUCUAAGAUUAAUUGUCUCUUAUUGUUUUUUUCCAAUCUCUUUAUUUUUUAUUUCUGUAGGUUUUCAAUUUUGAUCAUUUUGAUUUGAGGAAGUUGUAUCUCCACUCCUUUUCAUUGUUUAGGAAUUUUUGUCUAGGGAAAUUCUUAUUGGAAAAAAGUGAAGUGAAGAAAUGAAAAGAAUUUAAGCUGGUCUA